AUGACAGAAAUUCGCUAUAAAAAAUUGCAAGAAGUACUCAAAAAUGAACAUGAAAUACUACUACAGGAUCUUCAUAGAGUAUAUGCUGAUUAUUUAAAUUCAAAAGCUGCAUUAUUGUACAGGAACUUAGAAUUUUAUGAUUCAAUCAUAUAUACCAUUCUUGAAAAUAAUCAAGAUCCAAUUCGAUUAAAAUUUUAUGUUAGAGAUAUUGUAGAACUAUUAAAAGAAACUGAGGAUACUGCAUACGUCAAAAUUGAAUCAAUUUUUCAGCAUCAAGCAAACAACAAUCAAUACUAUAUAUUUUUUUGGUUCAGUUGGUUUCAGACAACAAAUAAACUAGAUCCUAUAUUGAAAUAUCUAUUUUAUGAUAUCUAG